AUGUUUAAAAAAGGUCCAAAAAAUAAAAAAAAAUUAAAAUGCAAAACAAAAAAACAAGCAAACGAUUCGUUCUGUGAUUCAAUAAUAUAUCCUGAGAAAGAUAUGGUUGACAUAUUAAGACAAAAAGAAAAUUUAAAUAAAGAAAAUUUUAAAAAAGAAAAUUUAAACAAAGAAAAUUUAAACGAAGAAAAUUUAAACGAAGAAAAUUUAAACAAAGAAAAUUUAAACGAAGAAAAUUUAAACAAAGAAAAUUUAAACGAAGAAAAAUUAAACAAAGAAAAUUUAAACAAAGAAAAUUUAAACGAAGAAAAUUUAAACAAAGAAAAUUUAAAUGAAGAAAAUUUAAACGAUGAAAAUUGUUUCUUACAAAAACGAACUGAUGAAAAUGAAAAUGAGAAUAAAGAAAUUAUAAAUUCAAAUAAAUAUAUAAAAAAUGAAUGGGAUAAUACUUUAUUAUCUCCUAAUGAGAUAUAUGAGAAAAAAAAUAACGAAAUAAAUGACAAACGUAUUCUGGAAAGUUCUAACAAUAUAAAUGUUAUGGAUAUUAGUGAAAAUACAGAUUCCAUUUAUGGACAAAAUAAUAAUAAUAAUAAUUAUGUAGAACCCAUUAAAUAUGAAAAAAAAGAAUACGAAAUUUGUAAUUCAAAUUCAAGUGUUUUAAAAUCUGCUUCUGAUAGUAACAUAGACGAACAAACAAACAAAAAUAAUAAUAAUUAUAAAAAGGAAUUAUCUAUAAUACUUAAUAAUGAGGAAAUAAUAGCUUAUUUGAAAUUAAAUAAUAAAAAAGAUAUAGAUGAAAAAACAAACUAUCUAUUCCCAUCAAUAGAUAUAGAUCAUAAAUCUUAUUCAUAUCUUGAACAGGGACAAGAUGAUUAUCUCAUGGAAAUGGAUAGAAAAAUUGACAAAGAAAUUGAAAAUUUUCAAAACACAUUUAAUCAUUUUUAUAAUUUAGAUAAUACAAAUAAUAAAUUUGAUUAUAAUAAUGAUAAUAAUGAUGAUAAUAAUGAUGAUAAUAAUAAUGAUAAUAAUGAUGAUAAUAAUAAUGAUAAUAAUGAUGAUAAUAAUGAUGAUAAUAAUGAUGAUAAUAAUGACAAUUAUAAUAAUAAUAAUAAUAAUAAAGAUGAUAAUAAUAAUAAUAAUUAUUAUAUAAAUGAACAAAAUAAAGAAGAAAUAACAAAAAACUUAAAUAAUAAUAAUAUAUUAAAUACUAAUGAAAAUAAUGUCCCAAAUAAUAUGCUUGCUGAAAAAAUAAAUGAUACAUACGUUGGACCAAAAAGACCAAAUAAAAAUCAUAUUUUUACAUAUAAAUUAAAAAAAAAUAUAUAUGGAAAAAUACAAAAACAAAAAAAAUGUUCACAUUCCACAACAAAAACAAGACAUUAUACUUUAUUAAAUAAUUUAUUUAAUAUAAGUAAGAAAAACAUUUUAGACGAUAAAAAAUUACAGAAACAUUUAAAAAAAAAAAAAGAAAAAUAUUAUAUAUUCCCAUAUAAUUAUGGGAAUACACAAAUUCAACUAAUAACCGGGUAUAUUAGAUGUUUCAAGAAAUACUCUUUAUAUAAAGAAUUUAAAAAACAUGAAAUUAGGAAAAAUCAAAAAAUAAAUAAUGAAGAAGAGAAAAAAUUAAAUCAUAUAAAUAAUAUGCAAAAUGAAUUCCAAAUUUCGUUAUUACUUUGUGUGAAUGUGUCUAAUUGUAUAUCUCCUUCUGAAUUUUUGGAACAUUUUUAUCCUUAUGAUAACUUUAUAUUCUUUUUAAAAGUAUUAAAUACAAAAAGUAAUGAAGAAUAUAUGAUUUAUUUUUUAACAUUUCAUAUAUAUGUAAAACAAAUAAUGAAAAAAUCUCGCACAAUUACUUUUUUUAAUAUGAAAAAAAAAAAAAAUGUAAAAUUAUAUCUUGUGAAAGAUAUUACAAUGAAUAGAAUAUCAUGUAUAAAUAAAAAAAAAAAAAAAAAAAAAUUUAUAAUUAAUACGGACACGUUUUUUGACUACAAUGAAAAAAAAAAAAAUAGCAGAAUAGAAGAUUCCUCAUUAGCAUAUUAUCAUAUGCGUACCAAAUUAUAUGAAAUCCAAAAGAAAGCAUUUAUUAAUCCAUUAUAUAUUAUAUCGCAAAAUAAAUUUCAACUUUCAUGUGCAGUUUGUUUAGAACCUUUAUAUUCCGAAAAUUUGAGUAAAAUAAUAUCCUACAUAUUUCAUAAUCAUUUUGAAAAGAAUAAAAAUUUUACGGGAAUCAAAAAAAAAAAAGAUGCUGAUAAUAUCAUAAGAAUAGACAAGGAUAAAAAUGUUCCUUCAAAUUUAAAAUUUAAAUAUAUGUAUGGAAAAAGGGACACAACAAAUUUUAAUAAUAAAGAAAAUCUUAAUGAUUCUUUAACAUUUGAAAAACAAUAUGAAGAUAAUAAGGAAUCAUUUAAAAAUAUACCACCUGAUGACAUAUUAAAUAAGGAUAUUACAAGUAAAGAAGAAUUGGACUACAAUAAAGAAUUUAAAGAUUUUAAUAAAAAAAAAUAUAAUUACUAUUUACACGUUAUACGUUAUAUUAGUUCUAUACAAAAUAAAUAUGAUAGCGAAAUUAAAAAUAAGUGGAAGAAAAAACAAAAUAAUGUAGACACUAUAUAUGAAAACAAUAAGGUGUAUAAUAAUGUAUGUAUUAAUAUACUUUGUGGUCAUAUAUUUCAUUCGAAUUGUUUAAAAAAAUGUUGUUUUACGUCUUGUCCUAUAUGUAGAUAUAAACAAUAUAAUUAUCAAAUAGCUAAUUGUGAUAUUUGUGAAAAAAAUAAAAAUGUAAAAAUAUGUUUAUUUUGUUGUUUCAUUGGGUGCUCUAUAAAUUAUGAAGAACAAAGUAAAAUAAAAGAAAAAAAAUUAAAAGAAAAACAUAAAUUUAUUAAGAGGAAAUUAUAUCUUGUUAAAAGGAUUUUAUAUAUUUUUAUAAGAAUUGUAUAUCCUUUUCUACAAACAUGUCAUAAAAUAUAUCUACAUGGAAAAUGUAAUAUGAUUGAACAACUGGAAAAAAAAAAAAUGAAGUAUAUAAAAAAUAUGGAAAUAGAAAUGAAUAACAUUCGAUAUAAUACCCAUAAAACAAAUAACAACAAGGUUGAGCAAUUUCCUGAAAUUCAAUCUAUUAAAGAGGAAGACAAUAAUAGAGAUAAAAAUGUGAAUAAAAAUAUAUACGAGCACAUAGACCCUAGAAAAAAUAAACACAGAUACAGUAUGAAUAAAUUCUACAAAUAUAUUUAUAUAAGAAAUAUAAAAGACAGAAUACAACAAAAUUAUAUUGUAUAUAAUUUUAAGAGUAACAAAAUAGGAAUACUGAAUAAAGUACACUUUAAUAUAUCUAGUUAUAAAAAAAAAAAAAAAAUUAAAAAAAUAAACACCUGUAAUUUAUACAGUGUGGUAUUAAAUAAUUCUACUGAAUGUACAUUAACAUAUGAAAAAAAAAAAAAAAAAGAAGAAAAAAAAAACAAUAAAAAUAAAGAUAACAGUGACAAUAAAAAUAACAAGAACAAGAAAUAUAUAAAAUGUAAUAGAAAGAACAAUAUUGAUCAUGCAAUAGAACACUUUUAUAAUACCAAUCAUAAUUAUUUUUAUGAUAUUUCUAAAAAUUCUGUAUAUGACUAUAGUAGUCAGUUAUAUACAAAAACAAUUAUAAAUUUCAAAAAGGAAGAUAAAGAAAAUUUGAAUGAUAUGUACUCUGUAAAUGCAACAAAUCAUAAUGAUGAAAAAGAAAUCAUAGAUAAAAAAAAUAUCAUAAUGUAUAUUUAUGAAUAUAAUCAAUUAUUAUGUGCUUUAUUAGAAAGUCAAAGAAACAAUUUCUUAGAAUCCAUAUCAGAUAUGAAAAAAAAUUAUGAAAAUAUUAGUAAAGAUAAUUUUAAUGAAGCUAAUAAAAUUUUCAAACAACUUAAAACUUUACAACAAAAAAAUCAAAACUUAAAAAAUGAUAUAAAACAAAAAAUUAGCACACUUCAUGAAAAAAAUAUUAACAAUGAAAAUUUAAAAAAGGAGCUUCAAAAUCUCGAGCUCAUAAAUAAAAAACUUUCUGAUGAUCAAAAGAGGGAAAUAAAUAAUUAUGAAAUGAAGGCAGAAGAAAAAAAAAAAAUCAUAAAAGAAAAACAACAAAUCAUAAGGGAGCUAAAACAGCAGAUAACAGAUUUAAAUUUUCACAAACAGGCUGUCUCCAAGUUUAGCUUGAGUCAAGAAACUGCGAAUUCAUCUUUUAUGAUAGCGGAAAAAAUUACGCAAAAUAGUAGGUUCAAUAAAUGA